CUCUAAUGUUUUGGGAUAAACAAAAAAACAAAAAAAAUAUUGUGGAUGUUAAAAAAAGAAGAAUUGCAUCACUGUGUUUAUUAAAACAAUUAAUACAAAUUAUUAAUCAAGAAUCAAGACUAAAUUUUUUUAAAGCCAUAAGAGCUCUAAACCAUAACAACAAUUUGAUUUAAUGCAGACUGCAAAUUUAAUUUAAAUAGAAUUGAAAUGGCAUCUGAUAAUGGAGCUGGAGGUUAUUAUUCAGUUUCUGUGCAACUUCGAGAGAAGGGACAAGAUUUGUCCUCUGGUGUGCAAAGUAAAACCAAGGUUGAUCCAGUUUCUUCAGAGACUGACUUAACCAGAUCACCAUUAAGUCCAGUUCCAGCAUUAUCAGACACAGAUUCUGAUGGCCCUAAUGAUCUAGACUCACCUCUAACAACACCCAAACAAAAGCGCAACGAACUAAGUUUGAAAAUGAAGGUAGCCCUUAUUCAAAGUGCAAAAGGGGGUAAAUCUCACAGAAACCUUGCUAAGGUGUUUAACAUUAGCAAAACACAAGUUGGUUCUAUUCUACGAAGAAAAACAGAAAUUUUAGAUGGAUAUAAAAAUCUUAUUAUAUGCGAUGAUUCCAGAAAACGCUUGCCACUAUCUAAAUUUGGGGACGAUCCCAAACAUAAACUUGACGCAAUUCUCACACAAUGGAUCGAACAUGCGAUAAUAGAAAAGGUUCCAGUGUCUGGACCAAUUAUUCGUAGAAAAGCCUUACAAUAUGCUGGUAGAAUUGGCUACAAGGACUUUAAAGCAUCUAAUGGAUGGUUAGAUUGUUUUAGAAAGAGACAUAACAUUGUUUUUAGUAAAGCUCUUCGAGGUGACAAGGUGAAAAUAAACAGAGAAACAGACAUUGAUAAUUGUAUAGCUUGGGAUCAGAUUAUUCAGUCUUGUGAAAGAACAAGUGUAAUAGAAGACGAGGAUGAGGAAUCAACAACAGAAACUCCACCAAGUAAAAGAUUUAAAUCCAGUGACUCCAGUUCAUCGGAUGUAGUAAAGUCAGAAGGGGAGGAGUUACAAAGUUCUAGUGAAAAAGAUAUAGAAACUGGUCAAGGAUUAAUGCAAUAUAUGAAGUCUUGUGACCGAGAAACAUCAAAAAAGUUAGAAGAGAAAAUUAGGACCGAUUUAUUAGAAGCUGAAAAGAGUUUACAGAAUUUAAUAACACUGGGUAAAGAUACAGAUUCAAGAUUGGACCAGGUUGUUAAUCAGAGAAUUGAAAAAUCCUUACUUUUACAACAGAAGAAACAAGAGUUAGACAAGUUAGAGAAAGAGAUAAAAACACUUGAGGUGCAGGAACAAAAAAUUACAUCUCAAAACAAUGAAAUCAAAGAGAAGUUAACUCUUGUUGAAGGAAAAGUUCGAAACUGUGGCCGUGCUCUUGAUGAUUUACAGGGAAUCCAAUCUCUAGAUAAUGUGAAUUUUAAUGAAGAGACUUGAUGUGUAAAUGUUGUACAAACAUUGAUAAUAUAAUUGUUUUUUUUUUUGUUA